CCCACCCCGCCUCCUCCUCCCCCCUUCCCCUCCUAAUUCCCUUCUCCAAUUCCCCGCCCUACAACCAGAAAUGACCUCCCAACCCCCCUGGCUCUCAAACACCCUGACACCCGAAGAAAAAAUACACUGCUUCUUCAACAAUAUUGACCCAAGCUCUCAAAUCAAAAUCUACGACGCCAACCUCCGACAACACGAGCUAACCCUCGUCUCCGCCGCUUCCGAGCCUGCCGGCACAAGCACGUUCGAGUACACAGUAGCCGCCUCGCACACGAACCUCAUGGGGAACCUUCAUGGCGGCUGCGCCGCGCUGAUAUUCGACGUUUGCACCACCACGGCGCUGCUGCCCGUUGCACGGGAGGGGUUUUGGGAUUACCUUGGUGUUUCCAGGAACUUGAAUAUCUCCUACCUACGACCUGCCCCGGUGGGAACAGUACUCGUUAUUCACAGUGAAGUGGUCCAGGCCGGGAGGACCCUGGCUACUAUUAAGGGGAUUAUUAGCAGGAAGGACGACGGGAGGAUUUGUUAUACAGCGGAACAUUUGAAAUUUAACUUUCCCGUGUCGAGGUUGUAGAGGGGUAGGCUACUAGCAGCGAUACUGGGGUUGCACUAUAUGGUCAGUUUCCGAAUUGUCCAGGAGGGAGUAGGGAUAUAGGGAGGAGAUAGGUGAGAUCACACAAGUGGAGAGAGCACGAUCCUGUGUUCAUGUGCGGCAUGCUUAGGUCCCCCACUGGGCCUAAUAGAUGGGCGGAAUGAGGUCUCAGUAGUUUAAUUUAUUGCCAACCGGGGAAUGAUACGCUCCAGA